UCGAACUCAUUUACAGUCCCCCAAAUACCAUGUCAUCUCCCACCUUCUUAACCACUCAACUACCACCGCUAUCAAACACCACCACCGCCCGCUCCUCGGCCAAUCACCACCGUCCAUCACCAGAAAAACUUGCAAUUCUACUAGACAAAUCCAAAUCCCUAACACAAAUUCAACAAAUCCAUGCCAUUUUAUACCGCCACAAUCUCCAUCAAAACCCAAUCCUCAACUUCAAGCUUCAACGCUCUUACUCUUCAUUACAUCACCUAACUCACUCUCUCACACUUUUUAACCAAACCCUAAACCCUAAUGUAUUUUUUUACACCUCAAUCAUCCAUGCUCAUGCUUUACAUAAUCUCCAUCACCAAGCCUUUGUUUUUUACCAAGAAAUGCUGACACAAAAUGUUAGUCCAAAUGCGUUUACUUUUUCAUCGAUUUUAAAGUCCUGCCCGCUAGAAUUUGCAGUACUGAUUCAUUCUCAUGCUGUGAAAUUUGGGUUUGAUUCGGAUUUGUAUGUAAGGACUUGUCUUGUUGAUGUUUAUGCGAGAGGAGGGGACUUUAUUUCUGCACGUAAACUGUUUGAUAAUAUGCCUGAGAGAAGUUUAGUUUCGUCGACUGCGAUGAUUACGUGUUAUGCGAGACACGGGAUGCUUAAGGAGGCGAGAGGGUUGUUCGAUGGAUUGGAUGAGAGGGAUUUAGUGUGUUGGAAUGUGAUGAUUGAUGGGUAUGUUCAACACGGAUUGGCUAAUAAGGGUUUGGUGCUGUUUAGAGAAAUGUUGAAGGCUAAGAUUAAGCCUAAUGAAGUCACUGUGCUGGCUGUUUUAUCUGGUUGUGGGCAAAUUGGUGCGUUGGAAUCGGGAAAAUGGGUUCAUUCUUAUGUUCAGAAUAAUGAGAUUGAGAUUAAUAAUCAUGUCGGUAGUGCAUUGAUUGAUAUGUAUAGCAAGUGCGGGAGUUUGGAGGAUGCGAGAUUGGUUUUUGAAAGGAUUAAACACAAAGAUGUUGUUAUUUGGAAUUCGAUGAUUAGUGGAUAUGCAACACAUGGAUUCACUCGAGAUGCUUUGCAGCUAUUCGACGAGAUGUGUAAGCUUGGAUACCGACCUACUGAUAUAACGUUUAUUGGCAUAUUGAGUGCUUGUGGUCAUUCCGGUUUGGUUAAUGAAGGAUGGGAGCUUUUCCGUUUGAUGAAAAAAGAAUAUGGGAUCGAACCAAAGAUCGAGCAUUAUGGAUGUAUGGUUAAUCUUCUUGGUCGUGCAGGUCAACUUAAAGAAGCAUAUGAGCUUGUUAAGAAAAUGGAGAUUGACCCGGAUCCGAUCUUAUGGGGAACUUUGCUAGGGGCGUGUAGGCUACAUGGGAACCUAACUCUUGGAGAGGAAAUCGCAGAAUUUCUAAUCAGCCAAAAUCUUGCAAAUUCGGGGACUUAUGUACUCCUGUCAAACAUAUAUGCAGCAACGGGUAAUUGGGAGAAUGUAGCAAAAAUGAGAACAUUGUUAAAAGAUAGUGGGAUCGAAAAGGAACCGGGUUGUAGCUCAAUUGAAGUGGGUAAUAAUGUACACGAGUUUCUAGCAGGAGAUUUGAGACAUCGAAAGAGUAAAGAGAUAUAUAUGAUGUUGGAGGAGAUCGAUAGUUGGCUCAAGGCUCAAGGUUAUAAGCCUCAUACGGAUCUAGUACUCCAUGAUCUAGCGGAUGCACAAAAGGAACAGAAUCUUAAAGUACAUAGUGAGAAACUUGCUAUUGCUUACGGUCUAAUCAGUACUAAACCAGGAACUCCUAUUAAGAUAGUGAAGAAUCUUCGAGUUUGUGCAGAUUGUCAUGCGGUGACAAAGUUGAUAUCAAAGAUCACCCGUCGUAAGAUUGUAAUGAGGGAUCGGAAUCGCUUCCACCAUUUUGUAGACGGUUCUUGUUCAUGUCAGGAUUACUGGUGAACUGUAAAUUUAUUGCUAAAAAUGCAUACUGCUUGAUUCAGCUUAUUAUUUCACUUUCAAUGUUUCCAA